CCAGGCCCUUGUUACGGACUCGGAAAUUUCUGAUUAGUUUUUCUCUUUGCCUAUGCCGGUAAAUUAUAUCGUCUCUCUCCGCUGUGUACGCACCUCGGUUUCAGUGAUGCCAAUGAGCUGUGCGAGAGACCGAUAUGUUUGGAUCCGCGUUCAUGAAUGCCAGUUCGCCUGUACACGAUCCUGCCACCGGGCUGCAGUUACUCUAACCACGUCGGAGCGCAGCAAGUUCGCGGAGCGCCAAGCAGCUCAGGAUGAUGCUGCCAUUUUUUCCAUUCAGGAAAAUCAGGCGAAAUUGGAAAUGGCUUUUCAUCGGAACCCUGCUGAUAAUUGUGACCUUUUCAGCAUAUUUGGAAUUUGCUGCUCCAAGGGUGCGGAGCAGCUCCGAUGACGCUCACCAGAAGGUCCAGGUUCUCUGCUUAAACCAAGCCAUAAAAUCCAGUUUGACUGGAGAGCUUCACAGAGACAGUAGCUCCAAAGACUACAGCAAGGACAACACCUGGACAUCCAAAUACAUCUCCCAGCCCUGGAAGCCUGAGUACAAAGGCCAGGUAAAUCUCCAUGUCUUCGAGGACUGGUGUGGUGGCUCCAUUGCAAAACUCAGAGCCAACCUACAUUAUCCCCUGUAUGCUCAUUCUCGUAGCACGUUGAAGAAACUCGCUGUGUCCCCCAUGUGGAUUAACUAUGGCCUCAGGAUCUUCGGUUAUAUCCACCCUUACGCUGACGGGGAGUUUCUUUUUGCCGUGGCAUCUAAUGAUAACUGUGAACUCUGGCUUAGCAUGGAUGAAAGUCCAGACAACCUGCAGAUCUGUGCCUUCGUUGGCAAGUCUGGAAAGGAGUGGACUGCACCGGGGGAAUAUAUGAAAUAUUCUAGUCAGAUAUCUCAGCCACUCCUACUGCAGCAGCAGAAGAGGUAUUACUUUGAACUGAUCCACAAGCAGAAUGCUGAAGGAACAGACCAUGUGGAGGUUACAUGGCGACUCAAUAAAGCUGGAACGAAGUUUGAAAUAAUUGAUUCUGAAUCCCUCUCUCUUUAUACUAAUGAGUCUUUGCUCAAGAUGAAUGAUGUCAGUCACAUUCCUCAGACGGCUGCCAGCCAUGUUGUUCUGCCAGGGGCGACUGGCCCAUACCCUGCCCACGGUGCAGAAAUGUUGAAAGAAGACUCACGGGACACCUUUUACCAGAUUCCCCUGCUGGACGGUACAUAUUUGCUGGGUGUGUUACCAGAAUGUGCCUAUAAACCCAGUUACAUCAUAAAAGACUUCCCUUUGCUUCGCUAUCAGGGCCUGCAGUUCGUACGCCUCUCGUACAUUUACCCUAAUGACUAUACUCGCCUCACUCACAUGGAGAGUGACAACACAUGUUUCUACCAGAUGAGAGGCCUCUACCUGCAGAGAUAUGGCUUCUUGAGAUACAUGACGCUGGACCUGCCAGAGAAUGAUGUGGCUCUCCGAUACAGAGGUGCCGACAGGGUGGGGUGGAAGGAGAACCAGGUGUGGCUAUACUACGAAAGGAUGGGUCAAGAAGAGGAUGAGGAGGCGAUGGGCACCAGAGGUCAGCCGGGCUACGCGGAGUACUACAACGACUACAUGAUGCAGGAGCCAAGGAGACUUCUCUCUUCCUCCCAGACCACAGGGAAGUCGAGGAGCAGGAGAAGGAGAAAGUUGCAGGAGAAAGUUACAGGACUGGAGCUGGAGAGUAAACCUCUAACUCCCACGGCCGAACUGCCAGCUGGCAACUUCAGAGAGAUGCAGGGCAUCGCAGGCAAAUCGGCAGACUCUGCUGGCACUUUGGACAGGGUGAAAAGGGAACCGGUUGUCUCAGCAGAGCUGGGUCACUUUACAAACCGCACAGUCCAUGGGGACCUGAGGAAAAAGGAUAAGAUGAAGAACCUGCCGGCGCUUAGUGAUUCCCGAGAUAAGCCAAAUGCGGUGGACAUGCGGGAUGCGACUAAACUCAGGGCUGCUGAUUCGGAAGUAUCAGUCAGGGGCAGAGGUACGCAUCUGGGCCUUGAGAAUGGAUUAAACGAGAAGCUGUUUUUAAGGGGACACGAUUUGCCCAAAGUCGACCAUAGUUAUAGGAGGCAUGUCAUUCCUCCACCCAUAGAGAAAAAUAACUAUGCUUGGAAGGAAGAAGAAGGACCCAAAAAGGAGCAAGAGACCGAGAUGGAUAAAGACAUAGAUGAAAGAAAGUGGAGACUAAGCAAAGAUAAGGGAGAAGACGAUACCAUCGACCAGUGGGCACACUACGAAGAAUCUGAUGCUGACGAGGACGUUGGCUGGGUUGCAGUCGACCCAGAGGUGAACUGGGCUCAGACGUUCAAGGUCAGCCACCAUGAUUUUCAGACUCUGCGAUCUGAUUGGAUAGACUUAAACUGUAACGUGUCUGGGAAUCUGCUCAUCGAAGAAACAGAAGCAAUAGCCGUGGUGGAGGCUUUCAUGAAGAAACUCAACCAGAAAUACCCAAAAAAGUUCACUCUCCAGCGUAUAGUAAAUGUUGAGAAGCGGGCUGACAUAAUCCGAGGCAGUCGCUAUCUGCUGGAGCUGGACCUGCUGUACAAGGCGCACCGUCGACUGCGCCUGGCUCACUACAUCUACGUGUUAGACAAGACCUUUGUGAAGAGACCGAUCCUGUCACCCCCUGAGUCUAGCCAUAAAGGCUCAAUGCUUCUCUGCAGCCCACGAGGCUUCCAGUGGAACCCUGGAGCUACUGUUCACUUCAUAGUGCCAGUUAAGAACCAAGCUCGCUGGGUGCAACAGUUCAUUGUGGAUAUGGAGGAGCUCUACCAAGUCACAGGAGAUGAGAACUUCAACAUAAUCCUCGCUGACUACUCCAGCACAGACAUGGACAUAGAGCAAGCCUUGAAAAAAUCUCAUCUACCAAAAUCUCAGUAUAUCAGAUUGCAUGGAAACUUUCAGCGAUCAGCAGGUCUGCAGGCUGGAAUAGACCUCAUCUCAGACGAGCACAGCAUUUUGUUUCUGUGUGACCUGCAUCUCCGUUUUCCUCGGGGCUUUAUUGACACCGUGAGGAGACACUGUGUGGAGAGACACAUGGCCUUCGCUCCCAUAGUGAUGAGGCUGAACUGUGGCGCAACACCUCAGGAGCCUGACGGUUACUGGGAAGUCAAUGGCUUUGGUUUGCUGGGCAUUUAUAAGUCUGACCUGGAUUCUAUUGGUGGCAUGAACACUAGAGAGUUCACUGACCGUUGGGGAGGAGAAGACUGGGAACUACUGGACAGAAUCCUGCAGGCAGGCCUGGAGGUGGAGCGGAUAUACAUAAGGAACUUUUUCCAUCACUACCACUCUAAACGUGGCAUGUGGAACCGGAAGACAAUCCGCAGCAAGUAACUAUGACAACUCCACAUCUGCAAGACGACAGUCACAGUGUCACUUUAAUCAGCCUUUGCUCUCUUUGCGUGCUAUGACUGGCUGACUGCUCCUCCUGAGAGUGAACCACGGGGCAUUCCAGAGGCUUGAUUGGCUGAUGCCGUCCGUCACUCGUACAGUGCUGGUUGUUAUGUGCUGUGCUUCUAAAAAAUCAAAAACUGAAAGCAAAAGAAACAUGUAGGAACUAAACCUUUCAGGAGGGUGCUACUGGUAAGCAGUUAGACUCAGGACAGAGUGCUCUUAAAUCUAAGUGCAUCUAAACUUUUCAUUUUUAAAUAUUUAAACUUUUAAAGCCUUACUCAUUGUCGUUAGUGCCAAGAGAAUAUGUUUCAUGCGAAAGUGUAUUUAUUGUAGUAUACUAGUGCUUCUCUGUAGGUCUCGCACAGUGACAUUUGUUCUGUUUGAAGUUCUGUACAGAAGCUCUCUGGGGUUGAGUGGCUUAGAAGUCCAACCAAAGAGGUGUAUGAUCCUUACAUGCCUUUAUCCCUGCAGACCUUAAUGCAAGUCACAUGCAAGUGUUUUCUACUGGUAUUUUGUGUGUGUCGAUUUAACACUGUAUGGAGGAAAUGGGGUUUAAACAGUGUCUUAAUUACAACAAGGGGAUUUUCACAUUCCAGGAGGGCCCGACUACUGUUUCAGACAUGCUUCACUGUGCAGAUAUGCCCAUAUACUUCAAUCAACACUUGGUUUUUCUGCCUCAUUAACACUGUUUUUAUGCAGCUCUGCAGAUAUGGGUUGUAAAACGGGUUGUUUUAUGUCUCUGAUCAUUACGUUGCAAAUGGAUUUAUCUGUACCAUGAAACGUGCAGCUGCUGUAUAACUUGACUCAGGAAAAUUGGAGUACGCGAUCUUGACUCAAAAAGGCUUUUAAUUAUUUGCCUAAAGAGGCAAAUUAAAAUGAAUGAAUGCUGUGGGCUACACAGAGUGUAGAAAGACAGCAGGAGCAAUAUUUAGCCACUGUGUCACUUGAGAAGGGCUUGGUUUUUAAUGAGGACUGUUUCUCUAUAAGGAAGCUGAAAAUGCACACCAAGAGAAACAAAUGCAUUGAAAAAAAUAAUUGAGAUGGUGAAUGUAAAUUAUGAAUUUAUUCAGGGUGGUGGUUUGUGGGUUUAGCCAUUUUUCAAUACUUUCCCAAAUAAUAUCUGGAUAGGACAGGUUCUGUCAGCAGAUCCUGACCAGGAGAGUAAAGCCCUGAUAUGUUCUCUUGGCCCUUGAAUUCAAACCCUGUCUUAGGUUGUAUAAUCACUGGAUACUCACAGAUUGUCCUCACAUUUGACAGGGUGGACAUUUUUAAAAUAAAAACAUUUAAAAAUAGGGACAGAGAAUCAGAGGGGUAAAAGAUGACUGACUGACAAAGUGUCCAGAAGUGUGCAGUGAUUGUAUACUAUAUCCACCUAUAAGAUAGGUGUACUUUUUAAAUUUAUUUUUUUUAUUGAGGAGUCAAAGAAAUUGAGACGAAUGACUACAAGGCAGCAAACAAUAACAAUGAACGUCAUCGAUAGCCCUAAAUAAAGGGGAAUAACAAUCAGUAACAAUUAUCAAAAGCCCUGAUUUUCAGACCUCCUUAAUUUUUUUUUUCCAUAAAAUAGCUAGGUGUACUUAAUAAGGUUCUUGUGAAUAUAAGUACAAGGUUUGUUUCUAAUAUAGUGCCUAGAAAGUGUACAAAAGUAAUUUUUUUAGAGAUCUGAUGUCAUUUGCAAAAACAAUAAUAAAUGAAACCUC